GUCUUUUUUUUUUCCUGGUUAGGUUCAAAGGUUUAAAGCUACUUUUGUUUAAGAGGCAGAUCACAGUGCAGCUCAUUAGAUCAGAAGACUCUGGACUGCUAAGCCAUUUCAAAAGUAAACCAUGCCAAACUACAAGCUGACCUAUUUCAAUUUCAAAGGGAGAGGAGAGAUUUUACGCUACAUAUUUGCUUACAAAAAUACUCCAUAUGAAGAUAACAGAAUUGAAUAUAGUGAAUGGCCUGCCCACAAAGCUUCUUACCCAUUUGGAAAGCUCCCAGUUCUAGAGAUUGAUGGAGUCGUCUAUAAUCAGAGCCUUGCUAUUAGCAGAUACUUGGCCAAACAAGCAGGUCUCACAGGAAAAUCAGCGAUGGAUGACCUUAACAUUGAUAUCAUAAUUGCUAAUUUGGAUGACUUGGUGACAUUAUUUCCUUGGGAAGGUGAAAAACAGAAAGUAAAUGAGUACAUGGAAAAGAAUUGUCAUCCAGUCCUGUCUAGCUUGGAGAAAGCUUUGGGUGACAAGAAAUGGUUUGCUGGAGACUACGUAACAUGGGCUGACUUUUUCUGGGAUAACUGUGUGGACAUGUUUGAUUACCAGCAACCUGGUUUUUCAAAAGCCUAUCCUCAUUUACUGGCUCUAAGAAAGAGAGUACAAGAAAUCCCAGAGAUUGCGGUGUGGAUAAAGAAACGACCAGAGUCACAAUUCUAAAUUGUCUGUCAUGUUGCGAUUAUUAAGAAUUAAAAGAUUCUGCUUGGUCUAAAUAAAACUUGCAACUUCGGUGUCCAA